AUGAAGAGUAUCUUCACCAAAGUAAUAACCCGCUUAAAGUGGAACAGCAGUGGAAUUGGAGGAGAACAACGUAAAGCAACUUCUGAUACCCCUGGUACCAAGAUCAAGGUGGAAGAACUCAGUAGAAUUAGUUCUCAUAACGAAGACCAUAGCUAUCUCAAAUAUGGCGAUGGUAGUUCACAAGAGUUUGGAGAGUCAACACAGUUUUACAAGCUGUCCUUGAAACCUGACAAAACUAUUAGCACUUUCAAUGAAACGGUUCCAGUGGACGAAGAAACUCAAAGAGAUGUUAAUGAAUAUAUAGCUUCAAGUUCGAAUUUUGAAGAGUAUAAAGGUCAUUCAGAAAACGGUGUCAAAAAGUUGGAGACUGUUUCAACCGCGAGUAGUUGUGAGAUUCCCAGUGGUCUUUUCUCUUCAGCUUCUGUUGCUGGGAUGAUAGAAGAACCAACUCCAGCAACUGAAGAAAAUAAUAAAGAUUCUGAGCUAGAUCAUGGGAUCGUUCAACCUGCAGAUUCUAUGGCUUCUGGUGGUACUGAUGUGGCAUGCAGAAGAGAGAUAGAAAAUCAGAAGAAUUUCACAUUUUGGAAAUUGAUAUAUCAGAAUAUGGUUACAGGUCUUGAUGCUGAACUUGAAACUCAAAAACCUCUUCCUGGAGUGAAUUCAGAAGAACAAGUAGAAAAUCAGCGUAACGCACAUCAAAACAACGACCCUUACCAGGAAAUUUCACGGACAGGUAAGGCCAUGAGCAUAGAAGUUCAUGAAGCAAGCAACCGAAAGCUUGAGUUCAGUCAAAGUGAUGCCAUUAAGCUGGUACAGCAAGCAUUUGACAAGAUCCUCUCUGAAAUUCCAGACCACUCAUCGGAUAAUCAAUCAAUUGCUAGUGAGAUAACUUCAGACCAGGAUUUCUUGUUAAAGAAACAGGAUGAAGGCAAAGAAAUGAGCAUCUCAACUUCCUCUAAUUCCAUUGAAGACCGUAUGAUGCAAGAUCAAGAAGAAAUGCAGCUUCAAAUGGGCAACAAAAUUGCUUCUGAAGAAGUGAAAGCAGCCCAAAUCGAAGGGAAAAAGUCUGGCAGGCAAAUGCCAAACAGCUGGAGCAAUCUGAAAAACACAAUCAUCCUGAAGAUAUUUGUCAAUCCGGUACCUCCUGUGGACAAAGACCCAGAAGCAGAAAAGAUUCAAUUGAGGCAUCAAAAUAUGAAAGGGAGAAAAAGUGCUGAGGAAUGGAUGCUUGAUCAUGCACUUUGUCAAGUAAUUUCAACAUUGGCUCCAUCUCAAAAAAGAAAAGUAGCUCUGUUGGUACUAGCUUUUGAAACAGCCAUCCCACUACCAGAAAAUGGGGAUGAUAUGAGGUCCAAUGCGGCAGCUUUUUCUCCUACAACUUUUAUUCCAGCCGAUAAUGAGUUCUCGGUUCACAAUGGUAACAGUGCAAAAACAGAAAAUGGUUCUGAAAUCUUGGCAGGCAAAGCAUUGAAUCUUGAAAUGCGUUCCAAAGAUGAUCAAGACCAAGUCAGUGAAUCCCAUAGAGCAUACCAGCAAAGCCCAAGCUCGGAAAUGAGUGGUACAGAUUUGAAGAAAGCAUAUACUGGUGCAGUCAAUGACAAUAAUGUGAAUAAAGUUUUGAUUGUCAUGGAUGUUCAGCCGAAUAAGGACCUCUCAUCAGAAUUUUGUCCAGAAAAUGAAGAAGUUAUUCAAAGAAUCUCGAAGGAAGAAAUUUCAAUUCUCGAUUCAGAAGUCUGCAAGAAUAUAGAGAAGAUGGAUUUGGAUUCCAGUGACUUGAUUAAUUCUGCUGACCAGCACCCUGGUAAACCUGAAUGCCCCACAGCAGUUGGUGAAGGAGCUCAGCCAAAAUAUAAAUCCCUCCAUUCUUCACUUGAACAUUCUGAAUCCAAUUUUGCUGCUGAUAUUUCUAAGUUGGAAAAACAAAAAUAUUUGAGGCUUUGGAAACCAAGCGCAACAGAUAGUGCCAUAGAAAAUGGAUCGCAAUUACUUCAAAAUCUAACUGAUGAGGAAGCACAAGAUGAUGAUGCCAUCAAACAUUCUAGAGACAACAAUGGUGAUUGUCAAAGUUCUUUUGCAACAGACGACACAUCAGACAAUCAAUCAGUUACUGUUGAUGUAAUCCCGCAUCAAGAACUCCCAGAAACGAAGCAAUGUGAAGAAAAGAAGAGGAGAUUUGUCAAGGCAUUGGGAAAGGUCAAAGAAUUUAACCCUCGGGGCCCUCAAUACCUGCCCUUGGAUCCUGCCCCCGAAUCAGAGAAAGUUCUCCUAAGGCAUCAAAACAUGGAAGACAGAAAAAAUGCUGAAGAAUGGAUGUUAGAUUAUGCACUUCAACAAGUUGCUAAACUAACUCCAGAAAGGAAAAGGAGAGUGGGGCUGCUUGUAGAAGCAUUUGAAACUGUCAUUCUGCUAUACGUUGACGUCAUCAAAAGCCCAGGUAUAGAAGCAACAGCUUCUCCAGCAAAAGCCAAUCACAGUUCAUCAUCGAUUGGAAUGGCUUUGAAGCAUCAAUUUGUAUGGGAGAUAACAUCACAGUAGAAAAAUAAUGGAAAUUGGAAUGAUU